ACCUUCCCUACAGCAUCUAGUGAUCUUGUGUAGGUAAUUUGUUGCUGUGAAGCCAUAGUGAUGAAGUGUACUGCAGUGUGCCUUGUGGCACUGGCCUUACAUGUCAGCUUAUGCGAUGCUCAAUGGAACCCUCCUUUUAACAAGCAAUGGCCAAUGGCAGUGAAAAAAACUCCUCAAGAGCCACAACAGACAAAGCAGACAUUUGAGAAGCCACUCACCUGGAAAUACCCUGUAUUAGCCUCAGCUGUUGCCCCAGUCGCGGUGCCUUUCGAGCUGAGAUAUCCUGUUCCUGCUGCAACUGUUGCUGUUGAGUGCAAAGAGAAGGUUGCUCAUGUGGAAGUCAAGAAGGACAUAUUUGGGACUGGCCACUUAAUCAACCCUUCUGAACUUUUCCUGGGAAACUGUGCUCCUGCUGCAGAGGACCCUGUUGCUAAAGUGUUGAUUUUUGAAGUGGCACUGCAAGAUUGUCAAAGCACAUUAACGAUGAACCAAGAUUCCCUCAUCUACAGCUUCACUGUGAACUAUACUCCCCGUCCUCUGGACAUUGCUCCUGUGGUGAGGGCUAUCCAAGCUGCUGUAAUUGUGGAGUGCCACUACCCAAGGAAGCUAAAUGUGAGCAGCCUUCCUCUUGACGCCCUGUGGAUCCCAUUCUCUGCGGUUAUGGUGGCAAAUGAAUUCUUAUACUUCACCCUGAAACUAAUGAUGGAUGACUGGAAAAAUGAGAGGCCAAGCCAUCAGUAUUUCCUGGGACAGGUUAUAAAUAUUGAGGCUACCGUUAAGCAGUUCUUCCAUGUGCCGCUCAGAGUUUAUGUGGAUACCUGCGUAGCUACUCUUUCAGCUGACGUGACCUCCACCCCUAGUUAUGCCUUUAUUGAUAACUUUGGGUGUUUGGUCGAUGCUAGGAUCACAGGCUCUGUCUCUAAGUUCAUGCCUCGCGUUGCAGACAACAAGCUUCAGUUCCAGUUGGAAGCCUUCAGAUUCCAGGGUGUUGCUAGUGGAGUGCUCUACGUUACUUGCCACUUGAAAGCGACAUCUGCUAACGAUGGCGUCGAUGCUACACAUAGAGCUUGUUCCUACAUCAGUGGUUGGAAGGAGGCCAGCGGAGUUGAUGCAGCUUGUGGCUCCUGUGAAUCUGGUUCAUUUGGACCACCUGUACCUAGUUUAGUUUUACCAGCUAACCCUCCAGGUGGUGGAGUUAACACUGGUGCCUCUGGUGGUGGCGGCUCAACUGGUGCUGGUGGUGGCGGCUCAACUGGUGGUGGCGGCUCAACUGGUGGUGGCGGCUCAACUGGUGCUGGCGGCAGUGGCGGCUCAACUGGUUAUGGCGGCAACAUGAAGAAUCCUUGGAGAAAGAGUCGGGAUGUUUCCCAUAGAGAAAUUUUCGAAUGGGAUGGUCUUGUCACCCUGGGUCCCUUCAACAUUGGAGAGAAGGUGGUCACUUAACUGAAGUCCCUGCCAUGGCUAUGACCAUCAGAAUAAACAGUCUCCUUACUUCAUAACUGUCUGUAUGUUAUUCAAUUGCUUCUUGAUAAUAGUUCAGUUUAAACAAAGUAACCCUAUUUACUCAGUUGAUCAACAUUUAACAUAGGCUAU